CAUACACACAACCCAGGCAGACACAGGCAUCCCAGGGACCCCAGCAUCCAGGUAUCCUGCAGGACGUGUCCUCCACCCCAGAAGCACCCAGAAGAGGCAAGCACCCAUCAGGGACCCCCCCCCCCCCCUUCCACCCCAGACCUUGGCCCCUCCCCAGGGAGUGCCCCAGGCUGUAAUAGGAGGCACCCGGACGUCUGGGACCCAUUGGUGACAGGAGCUGAGCGCUGUCCUGCCACCAUGUUGAUCUUCAUUGCUUACGUGUUGACCUUCAUUGUGGGUUUGCCAGCCAACGUCUUCACCUUUGUUACCCUCCUGGGCAAGGCACGCCGCCGUGUAAACUCUGCUGACAUCCUCCUGCUCAACCUGACCAUCGCUGACCUCCUCCUCCUCCUCUUCCUCCCUUUCAAGAUGGCAGAAGCAGCUGCUGACAUGACAUGGCCCUUACCGAUUGUCCUCUGCCCUGUGGCCAACUUCUGCUUCUACUCCAGCAUCUAUCUCAGCAGUCUCUUCUUGGCAGCACUCAGCGUUGAGCGCUAUCUUGGUGUCGUCUUCCCCCUCCAGUUCAAGAACAGGCGGAGGCUGGGGCGGACAAUGGCUGCCAGCGCCAUCCUCUGGCUUUUGGCCUGUUCUCAUUGCUCCAUUGUCUUUGUGGCACAAUAUCAUGAUGAUAGUAGUAGACAGUCCACAGUCUUGAAGCUUGGUAGCUUUGUGGACAACGGGUCUUGGGGCUUUAGACCAGAUGGCUCCAUGGUCAAUGGGUCCAAGCUUGGUGGCUAUGGGAUGUCCAACCCUGAUGGCUUCAACCCCAACAGCUUUAACCCCAGUGGCCCCAGAAUCUCCAGCUCUGAUGGCCCCAUCUCUACUGGCUUCAGCCCAAGUAGCUCUGGACUCUCCAGUCCUGAUGGCUUCAACCCCAAGGUCUUCAAGAUCCACAACCCCAAUGGCUCCAUGGUCAAUGGUUCCAAGACUUCCAAUGGUGACAUCUCCAUCCCCAAUGGCUUCAGGAUCUCCAGUCCCAGUGGCCCCAAGACCUAUAACUCCAAAGUCUUCACCAACAAUGUCACAACCAUCCCUGGCAUCUCCACCUGGCAUCUCGCUGAUGUCUCCUGGACCUCCAACAUCCACAGCACGGCUGUUCCCAACCAUCUUGCUGCUUCUAGCAGCCACAAUGAUACCAAUAGCAACAGUACCUACAAAUGCUAUGAUGACUUCUCAAAGGAGCAGCUGAGCUUUGUCCUCCCACUGCGGCUGGAGCUAUUUCUUGUUCUCUUCCUCCUACCGUUUGCUGUUACUGUUUUCUGCUACAUCAACUUUGUGCGGGCUCUCCUUGCCCGGCCUAAUAUCCCGCUGGAGAAGAAGCAACGGGCUGUGGGUUUGGCUGUGGCCACCAUGGUCAAUUUUGGGGUUUGCUUUGCACCCUACAACAUCUCGCAUGUGGUAGGCUUUGUGCUGCAUGAGAGCCCAGCAUGGAGGUCCUAUAUUUUGUUCCUCACCAGUCUCAAUGCUGCUCUUGACCCUUUCAUCUUCUACUUCUCCUCCACAGCUAUACAGAGGGCUGUAGCUGGGGUGGUGGUGUCUGUGCGGGACAAGCUACGAGCCAUGGUGGUCUGUUGUUAUGGGGAGUGACCCCACGAGUACACCCUGCCCAGGAUGUGGCUUGCUGACACACUGCUUUAGGGGGUGGGGUGGGGGGACACGACACAGACAUGGACAGACAAAAGGCCUCACCAUACGGGCUA